AGAAGACGUAGCUUUUGCGCAAUCGCUUCUUCCGGUGUCACUUGUGUCGCGACAAUAGAAGACGAAGAAGGUUCCUAAGUUAGACAGCUAUCAUGGAGGUGUUUGUUUGUAGUCCUGGUCGAUCCAAGUUUUCGAACUGUUUGUUUACAGAGGGUUCUGUUGUCAGGGAUCUUCUGCUGCGUUUCGUCCAACAAUCGGAGGCGUCGCCACAUGACCUGUACGUCAGCAAAGAUGGACGUCUGGCCAGCCUGGAUGAUCACCUGCAGGGCGGGGCUGUCUAUCACCUGCAGCCGCGCCUCCUCGGAGGGAAGGGAGGGUUCGGUUCCAUGCUGCGAGCUCUUGGCGCUCAGAUCGAGAAGACGACCAAUCGCGAAGCCUGCAGAGAUCUGAGCGGACGACGCCUGCGAGACGUCAACCAUGAGAAUGAGAUGGCUGAUUGGCUGAAGAAGCAGACGGAGCGCGAGGCGGAGAAGGAGCAGCGUCGUCUGGAGCGUCUGCAGAGGAAGCUGCUGGAACCCAAACAUCAGUUCAGUGACGCCUCCUACGAGCAGCAGUGUCACGACUUAUCCGAGCGACUUGAGGACUCGGUGCUCAAAGGUCUGCAGGCAGCGUCCAGCCCCGAGGUGAGCGCCCAACUGUCUCCAAAGAGAAAAGCCUCCAGUCAGAGUGAGCCGCCAAUCAAAAAGCAGAAGAAAAUGGGGGCGUGUUUUUGGAGUGGUUUUGAUGAGCUGAUGAGCUCGGAGGAGGAAGACGAUUCUCCAUCCACCUCUACCUGUGAAGCUGACGCUACCAUGACAACACAGUGGGCGGAGCCAGGGCCGAGCUGCAGCUUGGUGGCCACGCCCCCUCAAGAAGCCGUCAAGGCGCAGAGGGCCAUGCCCCCUAAGGAGGAAGCCAGGGCGCACAAGGCCACACCCCCUAAAGAGGAAGCCAGGGCGCACAAGGCCACGCCCCCUAAAGAGGAGGCCAGGGCGCACAAGGCCACGCCCCCUAAAGAGGAAGCUAGGGCGCACGAGGCCACGCCCCCUAAAGAGGAGGCCAGGGCGCACAAGGCCACGCCCCCUAAAGAGGAAGCUAGGGCGCACGAGGCCAUGCCUCCUAACGAGGAAGCUGAGGCACAGAAGGCCACACCCCCUAUAGAGGAAGCUGAGGCGCAAAAGGCCACACCCCCUAUAGAGGAAGUUGAGGUGCAGAAGGCCACACCUCCUAUAGAGGAAGCUGAGAUGCAGAAGGCUACACCCCCUAUAGAGGAAGCUGAGGUGCAGAAGGCCACACUCCCUAAAGAGGAAGCUGAGAUGCAGAAGGCCACACCCCCUGUAGAGGAAGCUGAGAUGCAGAAGGCCACACCCCUUAAAGAGGAAGCCAAGGCGCAAAAGGCCACGCCCCCUAAAGAAGAAGCGGAGACGCAGAGGGUCACGCCCCCUCCAGUAGAAGCAGAGGCGCAGAAGGCGUCCUGCUGCUCACCUGAGCCACAGCCUGGGGAAGAUGCUGAUGGUGGCGCUGUGAGCGUCAGCGUGUCAUCAGCCACGUGUGUUCAACAGUUGGAACGUUUGGGUCUGGAGGUUCUCAAAGAAGAACUGAUGCGUCGACGAGUGAAGUGCGGCGGGACGCUGAGCGAGCGUGCGGCUCGCCUCUUCGUCGUAAGAAAUCUGCAGGUGGACCAGAUCGACCCGACGCUGCUCGCCAAGCCUGCCAAGUCCAAGAGGAAAUGAAGACAGGUGGAACAGAAAAGGAAACCUUUUUAUUUUUUGUGUACCUUUUUACCUCACUUUUUUAGUUUGGAUAAAAAGCCGGAGACCAGGCCUUGACUUCGGCUCGUCCAGCUCCUUAAAACAUUGAACGUCCCCGACAUUCAUCGCCACCUCAGAUGUUGACGUCAUCUUUGUGGUGCUUCAACACUGCCAGUGAAACACAUCCACUCUUCAAUAAACUUGUAAACAAA